AUGGCUGAGAAACAGGGCUUAUCUGAAAAGGACAAGAUGCUCCGGGGUGAGCUGUACCAUGCUUUCACCCCGGAUCUAGAGGCGGAGAGGGCGCGAUGUAAAAGCGCUUGUGAUAGAUUCAACAAUGCCGGCGAUGUAUCUCGACGACGACGGGUGCAGCUUUGGAGAGACAUCGUCCAAGAUGAACGCCCCAUGCCACCUCCGGCGGGAGAUCCUGUAGCUGACGCUCGGCUCUUCGAAGAUGAUCCUUGGGUCGAGGCUCCCAUUCGGACAGAUUAUGGGUACAACGUGAAGCUUGGAAAGGGUGUUUUUGUCAACUUCAAUUGCGUGAUAAUCGACACCUGCCCGAUAACAAUUGGGGCUAGAACGCUGUUAGGGCCCUGUGUAAACCUCUAUAGUGGAACUCACCCCCUGGACCCGGCACUCAGGAAUGGAACGAAAGGGCCAGAGCUAGGAAGUGAAAUCCAUAUCGGGGAAGAUUGCUGGAUCGGAGGUAAUGUGGUCAUUUUGCCCGGAGUCACCAUUGGAAAAGGGGUCACAGUUGGGGCUGGCAGUGUUGUUACUAAGGACAUCCCGCCCUUUCAUGUUGCAGCUGGAAAUCCUGCAAGAAUUCUCCGCCGUAUAGAAACCGCGAUGGCGGACGCCCAAGAAUAG